GUCAGUUAAACUAUCAGGAAACAUAAUUUGGAAUCUUUUAACCUUUAAAAUCCCAGAGCAUUGUGUUUUCCUAAUGUGAAUCUGACACACAUUUGUACGAGAAGUGAGCUAAACCUGACUGAACUUUGUUUGUAAAAGCCGUCGUGUUAAAACCACAUAAAGAUGUUGUUCUAGUCUUGAUUUCUUUAGUUUACACUGUGAAUCUGCGGUUUUCUGUUCGCGUUAGUGAGAUCCAGGUUCUGUACAAUAGAAAGUUAUUCAGUGAGCACACGUGUGUGGGUUUGAGAAUAAUGACGAUCAUCAGACAGAGAUGAAUCACACAUUCUCCGCGUGUCUCGAGGAGGAGUUGCUCUCGAUUCUCACCUGAACACAGCCUGAGGAACACCGACGACAAGAUGUCCAGAAGAGUGGAGGUGAUCCUCAACUCCUCAGCUCCGCAGGAUCCGGCCGAGCCUCCUCUUCACAUCACCGAGUCCAAGCCCGGAGAGCAUCCAGGAGUGAAGGGCUUCCUGAUGAUCAAGCCGGCGAUCCUGGGGUGGCUGGAGAUCCUGACCGGUGCCGGGGUGUUUGGACUCGUCUACUGGAACUACACUCUCUGGCUCUUAAUACCGGCUUCUUUUGUGAUUUUAAUCGGCGUGAUAACGGCGACAGCUGCGUGCUCACACAACCCCUGUCUGGUGGUCACUUCUCAAGUGCUGAAUCUGCUCAACAUCUGCAACGUGCUGACGGCCGUCGUCGUGUUCUUCGUCCAGGUCUUAUUCGUGUUUCUCGGAGAUAUGGUUGGAGCUGCGCUGCGAACACAUUUCGUGAGCGGCCGCUCCGAGAGUCCCUCGUCUCAGACCGCAAACAUCGCCUUCAUCGCUUGUAAUGUUCUGGCGCUCAUCUUCUCUCUUCUCAUCAUCGUGACGUCGUGCUGCUGGUGUAGAUCGAGGAAGCGUCUGAUGGUGAUCCACAUGAACCCAGCUCCAUCUGCAGAUCUCAGUGAUGAGCUGGAGUAUCCGUGUCUAGAACUCUCACCGCCAGCCUAUAGUCCGGUUCCUUCUUCAGAACCGCCGGCCUACGAGGAGGAACGACGCUCCACUCUUUCUGGAGUUUCUACUCAGAAGUGGGCCAUGAGGAAAUGGAAAGAAGAACUGAGGCGCAGCAGAAGAACCAUCCAAGUCUGAGCAGAUUCAUUAAUGUCCAGAUCAGUCUGAUGUCUAUGCUCUAAAGUAGAGCUUCUCGUAUGAUGUCCAGCGGGCUCCGUUCAAGACCCUUUAUUAGUGUAAUGUCUUUUAUCAUAACGCUGUUUUUCACCUGCAUCAGAUGAACCUCAAUCAAUCUGAAGGACCUGUAAACAACAUUCAGUGGUGGACGUCUCAGAACAUUUUUAGUAUUUUGUCCUCGUUUUUAAAAACAGCCACAUUAAAAGGUUUUAAAUCAUGCUUCCAAGAAUGAAGACUUGAAGACUUGAAGAAGUCGUGGCACUGAAUGUUGCAUGAACUGCACAAAUGCACAUCUUCCUCAGUGUUUGGUCUGGUUUGAGAGCAGAUCCACACAUCCUGAAACAAGAUCUGAACUCUCUUAUCUUAAAGGUGAUCGAUCUGAAGGAAGUUUUAAGGGGAAUGAAGACUGGUACACAAUGAAGUAAUGAAUUCCCUUUCAUUUAUUAAUUAGUUUUUAUUAUUAUUUGAAGGAUAGAAAUAAUGUUUGACACAAUUAGUGUCUGAUUUUGAAAGAUGCGAUAGAGAUGUGAGAUUGGUGAGUAGUUCAGAGAGUACUGGAUCAGGAGCUGUACUUGCAUGACUGAAAAUAACCGUCCCAAGUGGAGCGCUGAGAUAUUAUUUAUCAUAUUUGUUCAUCUGUGAACAGCAGAAGUGUCUCUUCACAUGUUCUUCUGGUGUGCAAUGUUAACUAUUUAAUGCUAGUUUUAUAGUUUCUUGUGAAUGCUAAUGUAAUGCAAGCACUUUGUAAAGGUUUGAAGGUGAUAUAAAGUUCUUGUAUUGUG